AUGGCGCAUCAGCUAGCACCGUCUGUAAAUUGUUCAUUAGACGACAUUGACCUCAGUGCACUAAAGGACCCUGCGGGGAUAUUCGAACUCAUUGAAGUUGUUGGAAAUGGUACUUAUGGCCAGGUUUACAAGGGACGCCACACAAAGACUGGUCAGCUUGCUGCCAUCAAGGUGAUGGACGUCACUCAAGAUGAAGAGGAGGAGAUAAAACUUGAAAUCAAUGUUUUAAAAAAGUAUUCAACACAUCGCAACAUUGCCACAUACUAUGGUGCCUUCAUUAAAAAGAGUCCUCCAGGAAAAGAUGAUCAACUCUGGCUGGUCAUGGAAUAUUGUGGUGCUGGUUCCGUAACUGACUUGGUGAAAUCAACAAAGGGACAAUCAUUGAAAGAAGAGUGGAUAUCAUACAUCUGCAGGGAAAUUCUCCGAGGGCUCAGUUAUUUACAUUCAAACAAAGUAAUCCACCGAGACAUAAAAGGUCAAAAUGUUUUACUGACUGACAAUGCUGAAGUUAAACUGGUCGACUUUGGUGUGUCUGCACAACUGGACCGGACCAUCGGCAGGCGGAACACUUUCAUCGGCACCCCGUACUGGAUGGCCCCGGAAGUGAUCGCGUGCGACGAGAACCCCGAAGCGACGUACGACAACCGAUCUGACCUGUGGUCCCUGGGUAUCACUGCCCUUGAAAUGGCCGAGAGUCAACCACCGCUGUGCGAGCUUCACCCUAUGAGGGCGCUUUUUCUCAUUCCAAGAAAUCCACCACCGCGCUUAAAAUCCAAAAAGUGGGCAAAGAAAUUUCACAGCUUCGUGGAGACCGUUCUCGUGAAAGAUUACCACCAGAGGCCUUAUACUGAACAACUGCUGAAACAUCCCUUCAUCAGGGACCAACCAACAGAGCGUCAGGUCCGCAUCCAGCUGAAGGACCACAUAGACAGGUGUAAGAAACGCAAGCAGGACAACUCGGUGCGCGAGGACUACAAGUACUCCGGCUCGGAGGGAGAGGAAGAGGACAACGCCAUCGCUGGGGAGCCGUCCUCGAUUGUGCACAACGCGCCGCACCAGGGCGGCGACACUCUCCGGAGGAACUUCCAGCAGAUACAGGAGGGCCGAGCUGCAGAAGCACAGCAGCCUCAACCUCCACCUAAGCGAAACAGCAAACGCGAGGAGCGUGAAGAAAUUCCAGAACCUGGUCCUCCAGCGAGACCAUCCAUUCCACAAAGACUGAUCGUAGUGCCGGAUCCGCAAGCGCAACAGCCUAACAGAUAUAGACCUCUACCGCCGACUCCGAAGUCGUCUGGAUCCUCUAACAGCUCCGGAUCGAACAAUGGCACGCCACCGGCCAGUGGUCCCCAGCCCCCGCAGCGUGGUUCCCACCACAUUUUUAAGCCCAUGUUACCGCCGAGACGGCCAGAGGAUCUGGACAAGCUGGCUGCUCAGCUUAACGAGUUGGGUGUGGUGUCGGGCAACGAACCCCCGAACCGGCCACCCAGAGCGCCAACCAAUGGACAAGGUCCACCGGUCGAGAGGAAUCCUCCGGAACCGACCUUCGAGGAUUCUGACAGUGAUUCUGAUGCGGACGAAGGGGGCGGUCGCGUGCGCAACGAUGGCACUCUACUCGCUAGUGAUCCACCAAAACCACUGCCCGGUCUCUCUGCGGUGUCCGAGGACGGAUGCGCCGGACCCCCCACUCGCCCGCUGCCGCCGACGCCCGAUGAUGACGACCCACACGCUGAUAGGACCCUCGUCAAGCGGAAGGAGAACACUGCAAAUAACAAGAGGCUGUCGGACGUCGACGAAGCGGUCUUACUAAAAGACUGGGACUUUGCCAGGUUUUUUCCUUCGAAGAACUCUGAAGCCAAAGAGAAGCAGGACCCGACCAAGGAGACGGAACUUAAACGCGCCCAGCUCCAGCGGCAAUCGAGGAUCGAAAUGGAGGACGCGUGGGUGAAAUACAAGGCCAUAGCCACACCACCCUCCCGCCACAAACAACUCCAGAAGCCUUCCGAAAAGUCCACUCAAGAAAAACUCUCUGACCUACUGAAGAAGAAAGAACAAGAAGCCGACACCAACGGCCCGAACAGGUUUUUCAGAGGCUUCAGAAGAGAAAAUUCCGACUUCUUCCCCCUUUCGAGCACACGACACUCGGCGAUCUAUUUCCCAAAGCACGAUAGUCCAGUUAUAAGCAAACAGCGAUCGAGCGGGAUUUUCAAUCACUCCAAAAAGCAAACGAACAACUCCCAGUCCUCAGGCGAGCCUGUGCUGACCGAUUUUAUAAAAAUGAACGACAGCCUGAAGUUCUCGCAUAAAACCAAGAGGAACGACAAAGCCUCAGAUGGGAAGACCAAAAAUCCAAUAGACGCAUUGAAGAACGUCGCCGAAUUGAUAAGGAAGGACAGUGAGAACAGUAAGACGAGCAGGCAGAGCAGUGUCAAUAGCGACUCACCUGCGACGAGCAUUUGCUUCGGCUACGAGAAGGGAACCCUAGAUCUGACGGCCGAUACCCUUGAGAAUAAAGACGCAGACUGCAAUAUAGUCAGACCGCGUAGAGAAAAGACUGAGUCCGAUAUUGUGUUUCGGAGACACUUCAAUCGGCACACAGAGGUCUUGUCGAGUGGGCAGGAAGCGGUAAACGCACGGGACCAGGGACGAUCAAGUGGAAACGAAGGUAGCGGCUCCCGAACGAGCUCCGUUCUCCCGGACCUCUUGAGCCAGGCUGGCCAACCGACCACGCCCCCAAGACACGACAAAUCCACCAGCGAAGAGUAUAGGCAAGCGAUAGCCGGCGGUGCUCCUACCCCCCAUCACCACCACCUCCCCUCCUCCGUCCAGUCUACGCCGUCCAAGUCUUUUGUAGCGGGGGCUGCAUCGCCCCAUCCCCUACAGCACUCGCCCUCUAACUCCUCCGUGGGCUCCCAACAACAAUUCCUUCCUUUGCAACAGAAGCAGCGGUCGUUCCUCACCUUCGGCUUCGGAGCCGGUUCGACGGGAAGUGGCACUGGUGGGUCUGGGAACGCUUCUCGCCGAGAGAGUCAUGUCAACGUUAACGUCACACCCACGGGACACGAUAUCUCUUCGGACACGCCGGAGAUACGGAAAUAUAAGAAGAGAUUCAACUCGGAGAUAUUGUGCGCUGCGUUGUGGGGGGUGAAUCUUCUCAUCGGCACGGAAAACGGUCUAAUGCUCCUAGACCGCUCUGGACAAGGCAAAGUGUACCAGCUCAUAUCGCGACGCCGUUUCCAACAAAUGGAGGUGCUGGAGGGACAGAACAUUCUCGUCACUGUGUCCGGGAAGAAGAACCGCGUUCGGGUCUACUAUCUUAGCUGGCUCAAGUCAAAGAUACUGCGCACUGACGGGCUUAGCGAUCAAGUAGAAAGGAGGAACGGCUGGAUAAACGUGGGAGAGCUGCAAGGCGCAGUUCACUUCCGCAUAGUGAAAUACGAACGAAUCAAGUUCCUCGUGAUCGCCCUCAAAGACUCCAUUGAGAUAUACGCAUGGGCUCCGAAGCCCUACCACAAGUUUAUGGCCUUCAAGAGCUUUGGGGACCUACAACACAGACCUCUGUUGGUGGACUUAACGAUUGAAGAGGGGACAAGACUCAAAGUAAUAUAUGGAUCUGCUGACGGGUUCCACGCUGUUGAUCUCGACACUGCUAGUGUAUAUGACAUUUAUAUUCCGAAACAUACCCAAGGCGCAAUAGUUCCUCACUGUAUCGUCCCAUUACCAAACUCGAACGGUGGCCAACUGUUGUUAUGUUACGACAAUGAAGGUGUUUACGUUAAUACGUAUGGACGUGUUAGUAAGAACAUCGUACUGCAAUGGGGUGAGAUGCCAACUUCAGUCGCAUAUAUAGGCACCGGACAAAUAAUGGGUUGGGGAAACAAGGCGAUCGAAAUACGUUCAGUGGAGAGCGGCCAUCUCGAUGGCGUGUUCAUGCACAAAAAGGCGCAGCGCCUCAAGUUUUUGUGCGAGCGCAACGACAAAGUAUUCUUUUCAUCAGCUAAGGGCGGUUCCUCCUGCCAGAUAUACUUCAUGACGCUCAACAAACCGGGAAUGGCAAAUUGGUAG